AUGGCUCAUUUUGAUCCUAACCUUCACCUCCGGUCACUCGAGGAGCUCGAAGCUGUCAUCCAGCCCAGACAGAACGGCUGCCUCAAGUGUGAGGACAAGGCGCCGACAUGCCCAAGCAACUGCAAGUCCAACGAAUUCUGCUCCUUCACUAUCCCAACGUGUAAUACCUGUGCCCAGGCCUUCUGCGCCAAGGACGACAACCAAUCUUCCUCUUCGUCAAGCAACGAGCCUAAUACGGGCGCCAUCGUUGGUGGUGUCAUUGGUGGUCUGGCUGUCAUCGCAAUCGCCACAUACCUUGUCUGGAGGUUCUUCAUCAAGACGAAGAGACAGUCCAUUAUCCAGGAGUCCUACGCUGAGACAACCCACGAAAAGACGAUCAACGAGAAGAGCACUGGCGAGCCACGACAAACGAACCGCGAUUCAACUCACACAGUUCACUCGAUAGCAUCGACAGUACUCACCCGCGCUUCCAACAUAAUCCAGAUCGCCUACAUUCCCGGCGUCACGAACCGGGCCACUCCUACGUCACCAACUCUGCUCGUCCCCCCGGUCCCCCCCAUCCCGAUGCACGCCUCCAACUCCGCCGCCAGCAGCCCGUCACCAUACGAGGAGCAGCACUUCUUCGUCCCUGGCGAAUUGCGUGAUUCCACCUAUUCUGGCAUCUCGGGCUACUCUGACCGCACGUCCGUCGCGAGAACCUCGUACGCUCCCCGAUCUAGCAUCGCUCCCAGCAUCGCUUCCACCAUCUACGGCAAGAAUGCCGUUGUUGUAGCACCAGCUCAGACCGGCAUGCGCGCCAAGGCCGCUGUAGUCAGUGUCAAGUCCAUGGGUGUCGGCACCAAUGGCAGCAGCACCCCUCCCGUCCCCAGCGUCGACUAUGCAAAGUACGCUCCUAGCCGUCCCAAGAGUCGUGAUAGCACAUUCAGCGUCGGAUCUACCUUCCUGAACAACGCCAACACCGCCACCGCCGCCCCUGUCCAGAGAGUGCAGGUUGUCCGCGUAGGCAACGGCAAUGGACCCAAGCAAGUCAGUGUGGGAUCCAAGGCAUCAUCAACAUCAGAAGAAGUUUCUGCACCAGGCACACCUCCGCCACCUAGCAGAUCUGCGGUGGCCCGCGAACCUGCUGCCGAAAGCCUGGCAGUUGACCAAGGUCCCUUCUCCGACCCUCCUGAGCCCUCUCCCGCAGCCGUUCGCAGCAACCACAGUUUGAGUGCGGUGAUUGAAGAGGCAACAAGGCGAGCCGCUGCCGGACCCGACAGGCGGUCUCAAAGGACAAGUUCUUACGAGAGGGGACGUAGUCCUUUCGGCGAUGAACACGCGACGAAGGAUUAA